AUGUUUCCCAGACCUGGCCCCAACAGCUUGGGCAACAGGCGAACAGUCUCUAUGAUAGAUGCAGACGAUCUGACUCCUCAAGGAGACUACAGCAGUACUAUCAUCGGCGGCAGCAGCAGCACCAACACCAACAGCAGCACCAGCAAUAAGAGCCAUCCAUCCCGCUCGACCAUACGAAGACACUCUGGAAGUAUGCGACCCAGCUCCGCUUCACGAAGCAAACCUCUCUCUACGCCCAGCAAGGCCCGUCCGACUCUACAUAACCUGCACCCUUCUGCUCCUGCGUCUCCUCCCACUCCUGCACCGAGUCCGACGCCGCAUCAGCGGGUGCCCAGCUGGCAGAGCGCCGGCGAAGACGAAGAUACCUUCCUGCGGGACGCAAGAUCACAUUUCAGCGCCCUGGGCCAGGCAGAGAGGCAGCGGUUCCUGGCAGAGGUGCUGAACCUGUGUGAUAGCCAAUCACUCAGCUUCGUCCAUCAUUUCGUAAGCCCGCGGCUGAAGAAGGACCCUUUUGAAACACUGCCGAACGAGCUGUGUCUGCGAGUACUUUCGUUUGUAGACGAUCCCAAGACGCUGUCCAGGGCGUCUCAGGUGUCGACCCGUUGGCAUGAGCUGCUGAACGACGAGCUGACCUGGAAGAUCCUCUGUGAGAAACACGCAUAUAGAAGAGUCUCCGAAGACCUCAUCGACAGCCCCGUCAGCCCGGCCUCUGCACCCAGACAGCCGUUUUCCGCCAUGGAUACGGACAUGGAACCCGAGCCAUCGUGUCCUCCGCAGCCGCGGAUCCUGCCAGAAGACAUGAAGGUGUUUGCACCCGUGGCAGAGUCCUCGUCACGGAGUCGGAUCCGGAAAUCUCGGACAAAGACUACUUCCUACCGCUCGCACUUCAAGCAAAAGUACAUGAUCGAGGCGGCGUGGAGGAAAGGCGGGAGCGUCGUGACGAAGCACAUCACUACCGAUCAGGGCGUGGUGACCAGCCUGCAUCUGACUCCCAAGUACAUAGUGGUUGCACUGGACAACGCAAAGAUACAUAUAUUCAACACCGAGGGCGAGCAUCAGAGGGUCCUGCAGGGCCAUAUGAUAGGUGUCUGGGCCAUGGUGCCGUGGGACGACCUGCUCGUUAGCGGAGGAUGUGAUCGAGACGUCCGCGUCUGGAACAUGGCCACCGGGGAGAGCAUCCAUAAACUGCGAGGGCAUACCUCCACCGUCCGCUGUUUGAAGAUGUCGAACAAGACGACCGCCAUAUCCGGCUCAAGGGAUACGACGCUUCGCAUAUGGGAUCUUGCUACCGGCGUAUGCAAGAACAUACUCGUCGGGCACCAGGCGAGCGUACGGUGUCUCGAGAUCCAUGGCGACCUGGUCGUAUCCGGAAGUUAUGACACCACGGCGAGGGUCUGGAGUAUCUCCGAGGGUAAAUGUCUAAAGACCCUCGCCGGUCAUUUCAGCCAGAUCUACGCCAUCGCCUUUGACGGGAAACGCAUCGCCACGGGCAGCCUGGAUACCAGUGUGCGGAUAUGGGACCCUCACACAGGGCAGUGCCAUGCCAUCCUGCAGGGCCACACAUCUCUCGUUGGCCAGCUACAGCUGCGAGGAGACACGCUGGUGACUGGCGGCUCUGACGGGUCCAUCCGUGUCUGGUCCCUGGAGCGGAUGACCCCCAUCCACCGCCUGGCGGCGCACGACAACAGCAUCACCAGUCUACAGUUUGACGAUAACCGGAUCGUCAGUGGCGGCAGCGACGGCCGUGUCAAGACAUGGGACCUGAAGACGGGCCAGCAAGUCCGUGAGCUCAGCCAGCCUGCAGACACCAUAUGGCGUAUUGCAUUCGAAGCCGAAAAGGCCGUCAUCCUCGCAACCCGUGCCGGAAAGACGACCAUGGAGGUGAGUCUCCCUCAGCUAAGUGUGCUCUUAUCCAUCAUCUUCGACUCGCUGACUCUCAUCCUAGGUGUGGUCCUUCUCUCCCCCUGA